UGCCAAAACUUGCGUUUACCGUGCUUUCCCUCGUCGUGCUUUCCAACAGAUUUUCCCUUCCUUUUUACUCUUUUUUUUUUUUUUUUUUGCCUUUAUUCCUGCAACACGCGUACGACAAAUUAUAACUAUAAGUCCCACCGCCAUGAAAUCACGCCGCUUGCUAAGCUUCCUCCUUAACCAUCUCAUUUCCCCCGAUUAAACUAAUCUAUUAAGCUGUUUUUUUUUCUUUGUUUUGUAAGAAAAACUGAAGGCGCUUCUUGUUUCACACACACUCCCUUCUUCAUUGCUUUAACAACAAAGUCAAUGCUCCUCACUGCUUUGGUUUUCUCUUUGGAUCUGAGUCUCUGCACUUUCACUUUCAGCUUUCUACAAGAGCUGAACAAGUGUUGCUGUUGUCUGUUUCGGCCAAUCUUUGAAUCUGAUUAAAAUAUCAAAAGCCUAAUAUGCCUCAAGACAGCCUAAGAUCAAUUGUUUACAGAUCAUUUGUUGUGUGUGAUGAUCCGAAGGGAGUCGUAGAGUCCGGAAUGAUUAGAAGGUCUGAAAGUGAUUCAAGGAAGAUGGAGCAUAAGAAUGAAGGCCGAAAAGCACAGAACAGAUUGGAUGUUUGUGUUGCAAGUAAGGCAGGAAGAGAAGAGACAGUGUCUAAGGGUCCCAUGGAAGAACUUCAUAGCUCAUCUUCCUGUCAGCUCUUGGAGGUUUCAAGAGGAGCUCACAAGCUGAAUCAGGUGACCAACUCAUGGUCCGGGGGGAUUUGGUGUGACCGGCAUUCAAAAGAUCUAGCAAAGGAUCUGUUGAAAGGAGCUCUGGAAUUACAGGAUUCUUUACACAUGCUGGGGAAGUUACAAGAAGCAUCUCAUUUGGCUAGGUUGAAGAAGAAAGAAAAGGAAAAAUCUGAUAAGGUGCGAAAUGAUCAAGUGAUUCAGGGAAUGCAUUUGAGUUCAGUUGAAGAGCGAAAUUACCGAAAGGCAAUCCAGAAUCCACACCUUUCAGCUGGUGUUUCUUCCAGAGAUUGCAUUGAGGAGCUUAGGGAAGUGAUUAGAGAUAGCUUAGCUAGGCAAAAUCUAUUGCCAAACAUAAAUGCUGAGGAAAAAAGAUGCUUCAGUUCAAGAUAUCCGCUGGACUCAGCUUCAGAUAUCCCAUCCACUAGCUCAAGCCGAUCUUCAUCUGUUCAAACCGACAACUUUACUUCCAUGGAGUCAUCUAUCUGGUCAGCAGCUGAAGAGAAGAAGGCAAGAGGCCCGAGUUUGAUCGCAAAGCUUAUGGGCCUAGAAGAAAUGCCUUCAAAGUCAUGGAAGACAAAUUCCCAGAAAGAUACAGAGAAUAAGAAGAUUUUCAGUCAACAGCGACCUGCUUUUGAAAUUGAUACACCGAAAGUGAGAAAGCCUCAAUAUGCUCUCCGGACAGAAGAUCCAGAGAAGCCGCUAAAGGACGUCCUGGAAACCAUGCAUUUUAAAGUGCUUCUCAAAAGCAACUCCAUCAAAGAGAUUAAGCCUGAUUCCUAUCAAUCAAGUGAUUUCUUUUCAGGAAGCAGGUUAAUUAACAAUAGUCCACCUAUUGUACUCAUAAAACCUCGACAUGAUCCGUACUUGCAACCAGAAGAGAAGUUUGCACAGGUGCUUCAGGAGGAGGGAAGCUCAAACAGAGAAACUAUGCUCAAAAAACCAAAAGCAAAAGAGGAUUCGCCUUCAAAAAUAAUUGACUCCAAUAAUAGAGGUUUGAACUUCAGUAAAACAAGCAGAAGAUUGGAAACAAAAGAAACUCCGGUGAAGAGACAUAUCCAGCAGGAAGGUGCAAAAGACAGCCGAGAAAACAAGACCAGACCAGCAAGAAAGGAAGUAAAGACUAAGCAAAGCCUUUCUACUAGGGUGAAAAGUUCAGGUUCUAUAACUCAGUCAUCGCUGAAGAAAGUGGCAACUGAGAAGAACAUUGACAUGAUACCAAAGCCUAUGAUAAGCAGCAGGAAACCAUUUGAGAAGGAGGUUCCUAAACCAAAGAAUUUAUUGAGGUCUAAAGUUCAAGCCAAGGUUGCCCCUCAAAAGUCCAGUAAGCCUGAAAAUGCUUCAAAUGUUAUGAAAAGUAAAGUUUCCCAUCAACCAAGUGCAACUGCAAACUCCAACUCUGCUCGCAAACCACAAACUAUAGUUCGUGGCCCUGUUGGUCUGAAAAAGAGUUCAACAAAAAAGGCGACUGAGAAGAUAGAAUGCAAAGCAGAUCAAGUUGUUUUGGAAGGAAACAAUAUUAAUCUUACAUCUGAAACUGAUACUAUUUUGGAAGAAAAGAGGAUUGAUCUUGCAUCCAUUGACAAUACUCUUUUGGAAGAAAGGAGAAUUGAUCUUACAUCAAAUAAUGAUACUCUUUUGGAAGAAAAGAGGAUUGAUCUUGAAGAGUAUAGCUCUGCAACUUCAGAUCAACUUCCUAGAGAGGAGGGAGCAGAACACAUUGAUAUUCAGAUUGGAGAGCACUGCAGUGAGAGUUCUGUUUUUGAUGUUACCCUGGUUACCUUUGGGGAUCAGAAUAGCAGAAAAUCUAUUGAAGUUGAUGAUGACCUCAUCACUUCCAUCGGAACUGACUGUGAAAGCUUCAUGACUGGGACCAGUCUAAAGGCAUUGCUAUUGAGCAGUCCAGCUUUUAUCAAUAAUGUGGAGGAACUUUUCGAUCUUCGUGAAAAUGUUCCUACAACUUUGCAAAAAAUUGGCAUCAGUGGUUUCUCAGAUGCUGACACACGACUUUCCUUGGACUGUGCUAACGAAAUUGUCCGACGAAGAAGCAAUCCUGAUUCUCAAAUGAUUCACCCUCCUUGGUUUAGCCUGGUUGGAAAUGCCAAAAGGCAUAUCUCUCUAGAUCAUUUGUUAAAGGAAACUUGUGACAGGGUCGAAGCUCUGAGAAGCUACAGUGAAGUUGCUGGUAAAAACUACCCUGCUGAUAGUCUUUAUUCAAUGCUGGAAAGAGAUAUAAACUACAGUGAAGUUUUGAGUGGAAUAUGGGACUUGGGUUGGAGGAAAGGAUUUUCAGUGGAUGACACAAUACAAGUAGUGGAGGACAUUGAAAAGCAACUAUUAAGUGGAUUAAUCGCUGAGAUUUGUGCAUAAGUGUGUGGUUUUACCAACUUCUUGAAUAUUGGUUCUGCAGAUCUGCACAUUCAUAGCUUCAAGAGGUCGGUGAUGCAGCAAUGGUAAAUAAGCUUUACUUUGGUUGAAUAAAGGGGGCAGAGUUGAAAGUGCUUGCCCAUUUCUCCCAUUGAAAAAUCAUAUUUUCAUUGCUGUAAUUGACAAAAUGUAUAUUUAGGCUUCAGCCACUUAAAAUAUGUAAAUAACCCAAGUUUUAUUUUUACAGUGUGAAUCAAAAUAUAUCAUCAUAUAUGUAGUGAACACUUGAAAUAACAUCAUGUGAGCUGUAUUAAGUCUUUCAGGUCAACAAAGAAUAGUUGCCCAUUUGCUCA